UCAUCGCAAGGAGCAAGGUUUCGGUUUUGCGUUUGCAAUUUUCCAGUUUGAAAAUUGAUUGCUUUGAUAAAUAUUAUACCAGAGGACCUUGAAUAAUGUGCGACAAUUCACUGAAUGUUGUAUGUUAAUUGUGUUUUAGACUAAUCAUUGUGAUAAACAAAAUUGUGUAUUGUGAAGCGAAAAUGGUGAGCCGUAGCCAAUCUCGGGUUGACAAUAUGUGCCCUGCGACGCACCUUCGGGUAAUUCUGCCCUCCUCAAUGGAGAACAACCUACCUCCACCCUUUAUAGACAUGAAUAAUAUGCAUGACAUACCGCCGCCCAUAGCGGACUUUUCUGCCCCGCCGCCCUACGAUGUGGCUGCCAACUCCAAGCUCCCAACAUAUGAGGAGGUGCAACGGGAGAAGCAAAUGGAAGGGGAUGACACACCACCACCGAUUCCACCACGCCCACCAAUCGCGGCAUUCGUCACCGUAGAAACGACCGAGGCUGCAGCAGACCCUGAGAACAGUCUGCUCGGCACGGACAUCAUGUUCCUCACUUCAUUUUUCGUGGCAUUCCUGUUCAACUGGAUCGGGUUUCUCCUCCUGAUGUGCUUCUGUCACACUGUUGCCAGUCGCUACGGUGCACUGGCUGGCUUUGGUCUAUCGCUUGCCAAGUGGACGCUCAUCGUCAAACAUUCUACGGAGCUCGCAUCACACGAGAAUUCCUGGCUGUGGUGGCUUAUUAUGGCGUUUGGUAUUCUGAUCUGCGUACGUGCUGUUAUCCAGUACCUGAAUAUCAAGCGCGGAUGGCGUCUUCUCUCCGGAACUGCUCAGGAAAGACUACUGUUUUUCUAUUGAACACACUUUCCCCUUUAUUCCGCUACCACUGCAAUGUCUUACGGGAAUACCCCGAGACCGGUAAAAGAAGGAAGGAACUAAACAACGAAAAUCGUAUUAGAUUCUUUUUUUGAUUGACUUUAGUUCGACGGUACAAUCUCGGGAUGUUUUCGUUAGAUAGGGUUUUUUGCUGAUAUAGAAAACUCCCAUGUUCUUUCAAAUUAUAUUGCUGACUUUAAUGCUGGGUGAGUGUUCGACAUACAUGCUUCAUAUAGGUCAUGCUUCAUAAGGAAACUUUAUGUUGGGUCCACUCAUUCUCAUUAAUAUACUCGGAAAAAGUACACAUACGUAAAUUGAA